AUGAUGAUAUUGCAGGAAAUAAUUGAUAUGUGUGAUUUUGCUGUGGGAUUAAGUCGUCAGCUAAAUGGAUCAGUUAUACCUUCUGAACGACCAAACCACAUGAUGUUGGAGACAUGGAAUCCCUUAGGGAUAGUUGGUGUGAUUACGGCGUUCAAUUUUCCAUGUGCUGUACUAGGUGCAAUUUUCACAUCAUUUUGUGGGGGUGCUGAAAUUGGUCAAGCUAUAGCUAAAGAUCCUCGCAUUCCUUUAGUUUCCUUCACUGGGAGCUCAAAGGUAGGGCUUAUGGUCCAACAAACGGUAAAUCAAAGAUUUGGCAAGUGCCUUCUUGAGCUUAGUGGGAACAAUGCUAUAAUAGUCAUGGAUGAUGCUGAUGUUGAACUUGCCGUCCGUUCGGUUUUAUUUGCUGCUGUUGGUACCGCUGGUCAGCGGUGCACCACAUGCCGUAGGCUGCUUCUUCAUGAGACCAUUUAUCAAAAAGUGCUUGACCGGCUAGUUGAUGUGUACAAGCAAGUGAAGGCUGGAAAUCCAUUGGAGAAGGGUACCUUGCUUGGACCACUGCAUACUCGUGUUUCGAGGGAAAAUUUUGUCAAGGGAAUAGAGAAAAUCAAAUCUCAGGGAGGAAAAAUUGUAGCAGGCGGUAGUGUUAUUGAGUCCCAAGGUAACUUUGUGCAACCCACCAUAGUCGAGAUUUCUUCUUCUGCUGAGGUUGUGAAGGAAGAGUUGUUUGGACCUGUUCUCUAUGUAAUGAAGUUUCAGACACUGAAAGAAGCUAUUGAAAUAAACAAUUCUGUGCCCCAAGGUCUCAGUAGCUCCAUCUUCACCCGCAGACCUGAAAUUAUAUUCAAAUGGAUCGGGCCACAAGGAAGUGAUUGUGGCAUUGUAAAUGUCAACAUCCCAACAAAUGGGGCUGAAAUUGGUGGCGCUUUUGGUGGUGAGAAAGCUACUGGAGGCGGCCGUGAAGCUGGAAGUGAUUCUUGGAAACAAUAUAUGAGGCGUUCAACUUGGCGUGAUUGUGGUAUCGUAAAUGUUAAUAUCCCAACAAAUGGGGUUGAAAUUGGUGGCGCUUUUGGUGGUGAGAAAGCUAGUGGAGGCGGCUGUGAAGCUGGAAGUGAUUAUUGGAAAUAA